UUUCGGAGGUUAAGUGAAUUGACCGGAAAUCCGAUUUAUUUGCAUAAGGCACAAAAAGUUCUCGACGUUAUUCAAUCCAAAAAAACCUCAUUACCAGGUCUAUACCCAAUUUUCAUAGAUCCUUACCGGGGAAGAUUCGGAAAAGACUGGAUUUCGUGGGGAGCAUAUGGUGACAGUUUUUACGAGUACCUUUUAAAACAAUAUAUAAUGGUUCGUGAGACAGUCCCUCAAUACAUUGACAUGUGGAAAUUGGCAGUAAACUCGACCAUAGAAAACCUGGUAGUUUCCGCACGAGGAUUUCCUGAGUUACAGUAUUUAGCUCAAUGGAAAAACAAUAAAUUGAUUUUUGGAAUGGAACAUUUAGCUUGUUUUUCUGGAGGAAAUUUCAUUCUUGGGGCACGAACGCUCAAUGACCAAUCCCUUUUAGACCUUGGUCUCUCCUUGACUUCUACUUGUUAUAACACAUAUUUGGGUACCGGUACUCAAUUGGGUCCCGAACAAUUUGGUUGGGACCAGCCAAUCGGAUACACAAACUUUCCACAAAACCGACAGUUUCAGGAGCUUGGAUAUUUUGUUACGAAUUCGAAGUACCCAUUACGACCUGAGGUGGUCGAAA